CAUAAUGCCAACUGGCAGUUUUGAUUCAUUCCCAAAGAGAUGAAAUAAUUAGGCCAAAAGAUAUGAGAAAGGACAAAUGUAGUCUAGGAUUUGAAUGUGAUUUGCUUGGUUUUAUUUCUCCCCCCAAUCUUCUCCUUUCUUUCUUUUCUUUCUUUAUUUCCACUUAUUUAUAUGGAGGAACACCAGGCAUGGAUAGAGAGAAGACAUAAGCUUAUUAAAUUCUCUUUUGGAGUUUAGAAAUAAAAGAGAGUGAAGAAAUAAUGAAUAUAUCAGCAUCAAAAUUCAGUGCUAGUGGGUGUGAAUCUGGUUGGACCCAUUACUUGGACGAAUCAAAUAUUUCAGAAGCUGAUAAGUUCAAGAGAGAUCAUAAAGAGGAAAAUGAUUGUGGUUAUGAGGAGGAGGAGGAAGAGGAGGUGGAGGAGGAGGAGGAGGACUUAUCAAUGGUGUCUGAUGCUUCUUCUGGACCUCCCCAUUAUCAUGAAGAUGAUCAUGAUCAACACUACUACGAAAAUGGGUCCUAUAUUUCUUUCUCUUCUUCUUGGGCUUAUAACAAAUCAACAAAUAAGGAUAAGAAGAAGAUGAUGAAGAUGAAAGAAAAAUGUACAGAUGAAGAACAUCGUUCAUGUCUAGAUGACACUGCUAGCUCUCCUGUUUCCAAGAAAAAGUCAACUUUUUCUAGGAGCAAAGCUUUAGUGGAGAAUGUAGUUGACCAUUCUCAAGGCUUUUCUGCAACACAUAGGGGAGAAUCGGCAAUGGGGAAGCAUUUUGAUCUGUAUCAAUCCCCAAUGACCAAAUAUUCAGCCUCGCAAGGGCCAGGUGAUUUCCAAGGAAGAAAUUGGAAAUGACGUUGUAAUAUUAGUGAGAAUUUUCUUUGGUCUCUGCUUCUGCAGUUGCUGCAAAUAGAAGAAAUGGCAAGAGUGUUGUAAAGGCUAAGAAGCAUGAAAAGUUGAUGCCCAAAACGGAACUUGUUCCUUUUCUUUCUUUCUUUCUUUCUUUUUUUUUUUUUUCAAUUUCAACUCUUCUUUUUUUUUUCUCUUGUCAAUGAAGUGGGAAACAACUUAAGCAAUUGGGUAUAUAAUAUAUAAAUCAAUUUCUUGUA